AUGGCCAUAGGCGUGGCACUUCUCGCCUUUAUUGUUUUCUGCGCAUGGCGCCUAUACUCCGCCAUCAAGCUGAAGAAGAGGCUUCCUGAGGGAGCUAAGCCCCUUCCUGGGCCCAAGGGUCUUCCUUGGAUUGGUCGUGUACACGAUGUGCCGGCGGAGGCAACAUGGCUCAAGUUCUACGAGUGGGCGAAGGAGUACGGCCCUAUCUAUGGGCAGGAGAUGUUCGGAUCCUACCACGUCUGGAUCUCUUCGGAGCAGAUCGCUCAUGACCUUCUCGGCCGCCGCAAUGUCAUCUACUCAGACAGGCCCAUGAUCCCCAAUCUGCCUGACAACAGGACAAGUGGCGACUACCUUGCCCUGCUUGGCCGCACCGACACAUGGAAGCGUCAGCGCAGACUCUGCCAUCAUCUCAUGAACCAGAGCGACAAGGAAGAGCUCCACGCUUACCCGACCCGUGAGCGCGAUCGAUUUUUGUGGCUUCUCUCCCAGAACCCCGGCGAUUAUCGCGAGUAUGUCGAGCAGUUCACCAGCCGUACCGUAAGCCGUCUGUCAUGGGGAACCGCCCACCCGGCCCGCAUCCUCCGCAAGACGACCUUCGGCCUGCUGGAGACCAUCUCCCCCUCCGGUGCCCUCCCUAACGUUAUCUCAUUCCUGAUGCACGUUCCGGAUGUCCUGUCGCCAUGGAAGAAGAAGGAGCGCGCCCGUCACGAGCUCGAGUCCCGGCAGUUCAAGAGCAAUGUCGACUUCGUCGUCGACCAGGUCGAGAAGGGCACCGCGCAGCCCAGCUUCAUCAGCACAUUCGUUAACCAGGGUCUCGGCGACGAGAAGGAGAAGGGCAAGUGGGGCGAUCUGAAGGAGGCUACCAAUGUCGUUGGUCUCAUGGCCAUCGCCGGCGCCCUCACUAUUGGCAGCCCUAUCCAGAGCUUCCUCCUCGCCAUGUUACAUUACCCCGAAUGGCAGGCUAGACUGCAACGCGAGAUCGACGAGGUUUGCGAGGGCAGGUGUCCUCAAUGGAGCGACCGCGAAAAGCUGCCCAUGCUGAGAGCCGUUGUCAAGGAGGUUAUCCGGUGGAGACCACCUGUUCCUACUGGCAUCCCCCACGCUGUCGAGAAGGAUGACGUCUACAAUGGUUUCUUCAUCCCUGCUGGUGCCACGAUCCACGCCCUGGAAUGGGGCAUCACCCGCGAUGAGUCAAUGUACCCCGAUCCCGAGACAUUCAACCCCGACCGCUGGCUGCAACCGUCCUACCCCACGUUCAAGGAGCCUCUCACCCGCUUCCCCAACCUUGACGGCUUCAGCCAGUUCGGCUUCGGCCGCCGGACGUGCCAGGGCGUGCCUAUUGUCGACCAGGACCUCUUCCUCAUCAUGGGCGGCAUGGCGUGGGCGCUCAACAUCACCAAGAAGCGCAACGCGGACGGUAGCGAGGUGCCCGUGCACUGGAACGACUACACGCCGCUGCUGAUCGCCAAGCCGGCCUUCUUCGAGUUCGACGCCGCCGUGCGCACGCCCGAGAAGGCAGACAUGAUGAAGGCCAUGUUCGACGCCGCCAAGGAGGAGGAGGAGCACGAGGAGAAGAUGAUGAAGGCGGGCAUGCCCGACAUUGGCGACGUGCCGGAGAGGAAGCAGGCGCAGCAGCAGGAGGCCGGCGGUGCUGCGAGGCGGGCGUCUGUGUUCUUCAAUCUGAGGCAGCGCAAGGAGGAGGGCGAGAGGGAGAAGGUGUACCGCGAGCACGAGCGGGAUAUCCCCGGAUGUCCCGGCCGCUGGGCGACGGAGAGCGAUGUGGAGUCGUCGAAUGAGAAGGGGUAUGUUGACGAUGACAGCUGCUCCGGGCGGUCAUCGCCGACGAUGCUGCCGUAG